UUUUGGGGGAUCCUCGUGGGUUUUGGGGUGUCUUUGGGUGUCAGAGGGGUCAGAUAGGGGUUUUGGGAGGGUCCUUGUGGGUUUUGGGGGGUCCCCUGGAUGAUUUUUGGGUCCCCUUUCUCAUUUUUGGGGUCUCCUGUGUCAUUUUUGGGUCCCCUUUGUAAUUUUUAGGUUCUUCUGUGCCAUUUUUGGGGUCCUCUGUGCCAUUUUAGGGCUCUCCUCUGUCACUUUUGGGGUCCGCUCUGUCAUUUUUGGGGUCCCCUUGUAUUUUGGGGGCUCCCCCCGUGUGUCCUGUGCAGUUUUGGGGGGUCCCUCCAGUUUUGGGGGGUCCUGUGGGGGGUGUGUUGGUUAUUCCCCCCCUCACCCCCAGCUUUGGGGAUGGGGCAAUGGUGGCGGCUUCGCUCUGCGCAUGCGCCGCGCCUGGAGGUGGGCGUGGCUUAGAGUGCGGGAACGCGUUGCUUGGAAACCAAAAGAGCGCGCUUGGAAACCGGAAGUACGCCCCCCUUGCAAACCGGAAGCGCUUGAAAACCGGAAGUGAGGCGAGGAGCCGAGCUGCGGCCCCAUGGCGACGCGGAUCCGGUCCUUCCGCAGCGCCGCGGCCCUUCGGGGCCUCUCGGCCGAGGAAAUCAAACGAGCGAGAGAGUCGCGGGGCCGCUCUGAGCCCCCCCGGCAGCGGCUCAGUGAACGCGCUCGGGAGCGCAGAGUGCCUGUGUCCCGCCUGGGGCGGCUGGCGAGCUUCGGAGGCCUCGCCGUGGGUCUCGGGGCGGGAGCGGUGGUGCGAGCGGCUCAGGCUCGGCUCAGCGGUGAGGCUCCGAGCCCCCUCCUCUCAGAAGCCAACGCGGAGCGGUUGGUGGCCACGCUGUGCCGGGUGCGGGGGGCCGCCCUCAAACUGGGGCAGAUGCUCAGCAUCCAAGUUACAAGGAAUCCUGGAGCGCGUCCGACACGGAGCCGACUUCAUGCCGCGCUGGCAGAGCACCCGCGUCCUGGAUGAGGAAUUGGGCUCUUCCUGGCGGGAUAAACUGACCGAGUUCGAGGAGAUCCCGUUCGCCGCCGCCUCCAUCGGACAGGUCCAUCGCGGAGUCCUUCGCGACGGCACCGCUGUGGCCGUCAAGAUCCAGUACCCCGGAAUCGCCCAAAGCAUCCGCAGCGACGUCUCCAACGUCCUGACUCUGCUCAAACUGAGCUCAGCGCUGCCCGAGGGGCUGUUUGCCGAGCAGGCGCUGGAGGUGCUGCAAACGGAACUGGAGUGGGAAUGCGACUACCGGCGCGAGGCUGAGUGCACCAGAGCCUUCCGGCAGCUUCUUGGGGGGGACCCAUUUUUUGGGGUACCCCGAGUGGUCCCCGAGCUCUCGUCCAGCCGCGUUCUCGCCACCGAGUUGGGGAGUGGGGUCCCCCUUGACCGGUGUCGCCCCCUCCCCCAACACCUCCGGGACCAGCUUUGCACCCACCUCCUCCGCCUGUGCCUCCGUGAGCUCUUCGAAUUCCGCUUCAUGCAAACCGACCCCAAUUGGACCAAUUUCCUCUACGACUCCCGAAGCCACCGCGUGAUGCUCUUGGAUUUCGGAGCGAGUCGUUCCUUUGAUAAAGAAUUUACGGAUCAUUAUAUAGAGAUGAUCCGAGCUGCGGCCGAGAGGGAUCGGGAUAAAGUGGUGCAGAAAUGCCGGGAUCUCAAGUUCCUGACGGGCUACGAGAGUGAGGAGCAGGAGACGGCUCACGCGGAGGCAGUUUUGGUUCUGGCGGAGGCGUUUUCGGGGGUUCAACCCUUCGAUUUUGGGGGUUCGGGGCGACGGGUGAGGGAAUUACUUCCCCCCCUUUUCCGCCACCGCCUCGCGCCCCCCCCGCCCCCCACUUACUCUCUACACCGUAAAUUGGGGGGAACACUUUUGGGGUGCGCCCGUCUCGGGGGGCGCGUCCACUGCCGACAGCUCUUCGAGGAGCGCUAUGAGCUCUAUUGGGGGAUAGACCCCCCCAAAAAAUAGGGGGACCCCCCCCAAAAUGGGGGAGACACCCCCUCCCUCUGCCCUGGAAUUGGGGG